AUAAGAAAGUAAAACUGGUCACGUGGUCAGUUAUUGUUGUGAAAUACCUCGGUGAAGUUGCCUAUUAUUUUUUUUUAUGUACUUCUACUGCAUCUAGUAAAGGAUAUGAUGUGUCGUCAGUGUCCAGACUUUUAAUAAGCACUUGCUCCAAGAAGAUUAGUGACUUCCCACAAUGGACCCAGACAGAGCAGGCGAAUGGACCCCACAAGAUAUCGCCGACUUGGACAAAACCGUAUUCUUCAUAAAACUGCCAACCUUGCAAGAAAUCAUAUACUAUCGCUUAGCCGUGGAAAUUUGGAACUACAGCAGACGAGGUAGGAUCACACGACUCGCCGAGUCAUAUUAUCUCAACAAAUCGAAAUGUUUAGAAGCAGUCGAUUGCUAUAAAUACAUAGAAACUUUGGGAAUACCUCGACCAAUGAAAGAAAUACUCAAAUCCUGCUUCAAAAAAAUAAGCGAGGAAACAAUUCGAUGCGUUAUCCAUUUCAAACACAGAUUAUUCUCCAACAAAUUAGACGAGUAUAAAAUCACCCAUGUUGACUGGGCAUAUUUCGUAUGGUUUCCAAACGGUCAAAUCGAUUACAAAAAUACCGCCAUUAAAAUGAUAUCGUCGCCUAAUCUGACCAAAGAACAGAAAUUCGCCAUAAUGUGCAAAUACUGCUUGGAAAAUGAACUGAAAACUUUCCCUCUGGAUCAACUUUCUGCUAAAAAUUUCUUCUACGAUGUGAAUUUUAAUAACGAUCCUUUGAUUUAUUAUUGGAUUUGUCAUCUGAGGCAAGAAUUGCACAGGAUUCCUUUCCAAGAAGCUGAUUCUAUUGAUAUCGAAAUGGCAACUAAAUGUCGAAUAGAUACUUGCGAAUCGUUCGAGUAUUUCUGGGAUCGUUUGAGUGAACAGAAUCAAGUAGAGAUGAUGAAUUCUAGAUUGAGGGCAUGCUACACCGUAUCAUACGAGGAAUGUCGAUUAUUCCACAAGAUGUCCCACGACCAGCAAAUGGAGUUGUUGCUUUUGCAGCCGGCUGAAAUAAUAAUAGCUUUUUUGGGUCGACUGGAUAUGCCUCGGUGCGCAAUUUGGGCCUGGAUACAUACUAAACAUCUAAUAACUGAUGAAAAAUUCGUCCACAUUAUUAGUACUUUACUAAACAGUCAUAAUGAGAAAGCUACCAAUGGUAAGAUUCAUUACGACGAGGAAAAAAUGAGCGCACUUGUGCACAUAUGGGAGACAGCUACGGAUAGUCAGAGAAAUACCGCAGCAGCCAACAGAGGUUUCGAGUCUGCAAUCGAUAAAAUACUACGAGGCCCGUAUAAUCUCAAACUAAAUGGUCCGUACAAAGUAUCAUCGAGUGGUUUAAAAUUGGCGUUGAAAUUUUUACAGAUGAAAAGUUCAGAUUUCAGGAAAUUUUUUAUCCGAAAUAAUUACGUCCAUUUCUUGUUCCAAACCGAUUUCGACGUGAUGAAUGAAAUAUUAGAAUUAUGUUUCCCAACCCCCUCGGACAAGGAAUCAUUUACAAACUCGAUGGAAAAAAAUUUAGCCAAAUUGCCUUAUUGUUGCGAACUUUUGUACCGUGAAGACGAUUACGACGAAUUAAGUCAAAGAUUACAGUCUUGUUUUGAGAACGUUAACUUCAGCUCUAACACGAUAAAGGAAUUAAUCGAAUUGACUAUUCUUUAUAAAUACGACGACAAAAAACUUGCUUAUUAUACGUCUUUAUACGAUCGCAGUCACCAUGUCCAAAGUGAAGAUUUGGAAGGACUGAGAAACUUCAUCAACGAUACUCUUCCGCAAUACACGCCAUCAAUUUCGGCAAUUAAGAACUCGCUUAUUUCGUCGUUGACUACUGCAAUUAAUCCAUUCAAACAAUGCGUCCUGCUGCAUGAAUUAUGCAAAGUGAUAGAAGUGCAGUUUGUAAACGACCACGUGAUUGAUUUAAAGCAUAGAUGCGUAGAAUUCUUUAAAGAAACAAACCCCAGGGAAUGGAUUUGGUUCGGUGAAAGAUUCUACAGUGUUUUUUCCUGGUGUUUCGAUAAUGAUCGAGAGAAGCUUCCGGAAUUGAAACACUUUUUGCCUGUUGGUGACAUUUUUUAUGAAUGUUUCCGUGCCGGAAAUUUUGGAGGUUUAUAUCCGAUACUAUAUGUUUUAGACGAGUGUCUAAAAUAUAAUUUCGCAGACAACGUAGAUGCAUUGAUCAGGUUCAAAAUGGACAAAAAACAACACCCUAAUGUGCAAAAAGUUUUCAAAUAUUUUUUCAAAAACGAUAAACUAAUUUACGAGGAACUUUCACAGUGGUUUAAUAGCCCUGAUCUCAACUCAAUUUCCAGGCUAGCGGAUUCUAACGUGGAUACAAAAUCUCCAGCUUUGUUAGUUCCUAUAUUAAGUAGAUGUAAUUUCUCUGGUUGAUUUUAGUACAUAUGUUACAUUGUUUUUAAAUAAGUAGGUAUUAUAAAAAAUAUUAUAAUUGUAAAGGUGCAAUUUUUGAACUUUCAUUAUCAAUAUAACAUAAUUAUUUGAA